CCCGUGUUCUGCGAGCCGGGUUGCCCGCAAUACCCGCAUGGACGUGUCUGCCCCGUUGUGGGGCCAUGCGCGAUAUUCUCGCCGAAUCUAGACGCUCGAGAAGUUUCCGGACUGCGCCAAAAUCGCAAACUAACUAACUUAAGUUAUCCCUGAUGACGCAAGGGACAAGCUUUUCUUAUUACAGUUUCUAUAUAUGAUCGCUCGAGUUCGGAUUGAAAGGCUACCUAUUCUAUGCGUGACAUCUCUCUUUGGAAGAACGAUCGCAACCUCUCACUGCAUUGUCCUACACAUGCUCAAUUUGCAUGGAGACAAGCAUGGAUUCCGCAGUCGCGACAUCGGUAGCACAUGGUGCCCUUCUGAGUCCCGUGAGUCAGGUAUCUGCUAUCAGCAGAAGUCUCGCGAGCACACCCUCUGACACACAUUCGCAAACAUCAUGCUCGUCAGAGAUGGUGUCAAAACCGCCACGUGUAAGCUCGGAGUGUGUUCAAAGCAAAGGAACUGCUGGAAACCUUGGCGAUGUGCCGAGCUGCACAGCAUGCACCCGCCUAUCUUCGGAGCAGCGAAGCGCAAAGACUAGUCGAAAAACAGCUCCAACUACUACGUCACAACCGCGCAGCCUGUCAACCCUUACAUCGCGCGAACUCGAGAAGAGCUUCCGGGCGUUAUCCUGUCACCACCGAAAACUACAACAGAAACAUGUCGAUUUAAUGAAGGCCCACCAAGAGAAAGACGGAGAAAUCACACGCCUGAAUGCUAAGAUCUGUGCAUUGGAAAGUGAACUCUACCUGAUGCGACUUGCGUACAGCGAUGACUUUGCCUUCGAUCCCCUCCAGACCUCGCUGAACCAGUAUGAUAUUCGGCCGACGAGGGAUCCCACUCCCGGUAGGGAGGCAGCCUCUUCCGAUGUCGGGAUGAGUACUCCGGAGCCAUGUCGAACCGCUGGACCUCUAACGUAACGCUUUGAUUGUGCGUUUGCGCGUUAUGCGCAGAUUUUUGGGGCGUGCGUAGCUCCAGCUUACCUCCAACAUGCGAGGGUUGAUGUUUUCUGAUGUUUUCUGCCAAGAGGCUGUGUGCCGCGGAGGCUGUCGGUGCCUCGGCUAUCGAGUCGGAGAGAAAGAGAAUUCUACCGAGACAUCCCGACCCAAGUCCGAGCAUAUCCCGAACAACCUCACACAGCAAGAAAGAUAAGGUCCAAGUUCGGCCUGGUGAUGGACCCCUGCGCUGCCUUGGAAAGGUGGUGGGGUUCUCAAAUGGCUCUGUGUUAAGCUUGAAACUCACGAGUCCACAGCGCUCAUGGAUCGGGUCGCUCACAACCAUACAACAAGGUU